UCCACAGGGAAACCCAACACAGGCAAGAGAAGACCCUACAGGACAGCACGGAGAUGCCACCUAAGACCAAAGAAAAAGGGAGGAAAGCUGGGGCACAGAAGAAGAAAAAGAACUCGGGUGCUGAUGUGGAGGCCGAGUCCAGGCUCAGGCUGGUGAUGCUGGAGAAGGAGCUGCUCCGAGAUCACUUGGCUCUACGCAGGGAUGAGGCACGUCGAGCUAAGGCUUCUGAGGACCAGCUGAGGCGGCAGUUGCGUGGGUUGGAGGCUGACCUGGAAGGGGCCCGGAGUGAAGGGAAGGCCAUAUAUGCAGAGAUGAGUCACCAGUGCCGGGCCCUGCAGGAGGAGAUGGAGACCCGCAGCAAGCAGCUGGAGGUAGAAGUGAGGGACCUUCGGGAGCAGCUGGAGACAUGCCAGCGGGAGGCUGAGGCUGCACGGGAAGAAGCUGAGCAAGCCCUCAGAGAGCGCGACCAGACCCUGGCUCUGCUUCGGGCCCACGUGGCAGACAUGGAGGCCAAGUAUGAGGACAUCUUACAUGUAAGCAUCACCCUGUGGAGCCCAGCCGCCCCGAUGCCCAGCACUCCUCCAUGCCACAACCCGGGGGUAAGGAGGAGAAGCGUCUCCAAGGGAUGCAUCUUCAGCAUGGUGUGUUCUGAGGGGCAGGGGCUAGAGGGUGGGGACAAGAAUGUGCACCAUGCUGUCUGCUCCAUCCUGGGGCAGACAGAGCGUACAACCAUGCCCACCAGCUCAGAAUAAGAAUUUCAAGAAAACACUGGCAAGGAAACUUACAAACAAACCUGGGGCAACUCUCACCCCUG